AUGGAUAAACCGAAUUCUUUACUGAAUUCAAACAGUCAAAGUUUAAAGAAUGAAUUUAAACUAACAACGAAUAAUAUUGAUAAGAGGUUGACGUAUUCAUUGAAAAAUGAAAGGAAUUCUCAAGCUUUUCGUAUUGAUCCAAAAACUGGAGUUAUUAUUACUCGAACUAUCCUGGAUCGUGAAUACCAAUCAACAUAUACAUUUUACGCUUUUGUACACGAUGGACCAGAUCAUCACUCCAGUCAAACUACAAAUACAACUGAUGAGAAGGCAAGAAGUCAGUCGAGUGAUGUGAAUAGCAAGUAUUAUAAUCAUCAAAAUAUUAAUGACUAUCGUUCACACACGGCUUCAGUUAUGGUUACAAUUACUGUACAAGAUGAAAAUGACAAUGAUCCAGUUUUUGUUCGACCCAAUGCAACUAAUCAUAUGAUACUGUUGAAUCCAUCAGCUAUACCUGGCCAGUCUUUAUCACAAUUAUCAGCAAUCGAUCCAGAUGAAGGUUUAAAUGGACAGGUGACUUAUGCUAUAAAGGGUGAAACAGCUGGUACACUAUUCAAUGUCGAUCCACGAACUGGAUUAUUAUACUUAGAAAGUCAAAUACCUAGACAGUAUAUCACAAAUGGUAAACAUGAAGUAAAUAGUAAUAAUAAUAAUAACAAUAAUGAUAAUCAAUUAAGUAAUCUUGCACAAAUUUCAACAUAUCCAACAUUCCUAUUAUCGUUAGAUGCAUGUGAUCAAGGUGAACCAAGGCGAUGUACACAUUUUCCAAAUUUACAAAUUCAGAUUCGCAGUUCAUCGAAUAUUAUCGAUGAAUCUUCUCAAUCAAGCGCUUAUGGAUUGUUUGAACCAUCUUCAAAUCAAUUACAAGAUUCCAGUAUAAUUUCACGACAGGGUAGUAGUAUAUCUGCUUCAGCAUCGGCUGGUUUCUUUCCAUUAAAUUCAGGUGUAUCAAAUUCAUAUUUAGGAAGAUAUUCAUUAGCUGAGAUAUUGAUCAUUGGUUUCUCCGUCUUCUUCUCCCUCUUAAUCCUCAUCAUUUUACUUGCCGUAUUUAUUAUUCGUCGAAGAACUCAACAAUUACUGCAAACCAAUGAAAGAAUGAAUCCUGAACUAUUCAAACUGAAUCAUGAAAACACUGGAGCAAACGUUGAAUUAGACGGGAAAAAUAAACAAAUGAUUCCUCGAAGCAAAAAGCAUUAAUCCAACUUCACAUGGCGUGACUAACAACCAUUAGAGACACAAAGAAGCAAAGGAAGUAAGUAGUAGGGUUGGACCAAAACAACAAAAAAAAACAAAAGGCAAAAGAGAAACAACUGAAAAAUUACAAGAUGAAGUAGAGAAAUUAAUCAAAAAUUGAUUGAAAUUGUUUCGUUUCACUUAGUCACUGGAAUAAAUUAAUACAAAAUGAAGCAAGAAAGUAAGUAUUACACGAAAAGGCGAACUGAUGUGCUACAUAUACACAUAUGCGUAUACACGUGCAUCAUCAAAGGGAAAGUGACCUUAGAGAAGAAUUCUUUUGACCUGAUUUACAACUUACUGGUAGUGGAUCAAAAUCAAGCAUUUUAGCAGCACAGCCAGAAUGUUUCAUCGACGAGUACUGUUCCUCACUGUUUCGACCUCGUGAACCCUACUGUUCUGUAAUUGGAAUACACGUAAACAAAAACUGUCGCCAAAGAAAUCGUUUAAUAAUGCUAAUUUCAAACAACCAACAUUUCAACAAUUAGACAGUAUGUUAAAAAAUAGCAAUAGUAAUAAUACCAAUAAUAAUAAUUCUAAUUCCAACAUGAUGUUACCAGUCACUUGUAAUCUACCCAUUAAUCCACAUCAACUUUCAUCUACAUCAUCACCAAGUUCACAAAUGAUGAUCAAUCAAUCUGGAAUAAAUUAUCGCAUUGAUGUAUCCAACUCGUGUUUCUAUGAUCCGAAUACACAUCAUGCUAUUCAUUAUAGUCCGUAUAGUCCAAUAUUUGUAAAUACUACUAAUGCAGUACCAGUAGUAUCAGUAUGUUCCGAAUGAAACUUAAGGCUUCGGUUGCAUAUCACGAUCACCGAAAAAGCUUUUAUCUCCACCUCCAUUUCACCUUCGGAUUCACGCCCAGCGCACACUAGAUCUUGGCACACUGAUGUCACUUACCGGUUUUCUCAAAGUUUAUUCAAUAAAUCUCCAUAUUCUUCUGAACAUUUCUAAGUUGACAGACUCUUGGUUUGUUUGUUGCCUAUCUGAUGGUCGGUACUGGACGAAGUCAGAUGCUGGUGGAAGUCUUCAGUCUUGUGGAAGUGCUUUUGAUCUGAUGUCAGACAAGUCUCGGCCAAGUUAAACUUUGAGCACCACUAACCACUAUUCAGCGAAUGACCUCGAAUGUUCCAAUGAAGUUCAUCCAUAUGAGUUCAAGGUUGUAUUCUGCUUGAUUCGUGUCAAAUGCCUGCUCUAACAAAGUUACACCUGCAGUUCGAUUAUGACAAGGUUUUGCAGUAUUAUCUGGAUGUGGGGUUGCUUAAGAAGGAGAGGAUUUAUUCGUGUGGAGGAGCAUAACAUUUAAAAACCUUCACCAGGUCGAUUGAUGGAUAUAUGUCCGUCGUUGAGCAACUUGUUUGAGACGAGUGAGUGUUAGGGAAGGUAAGCUUAUGAUUCCAUUAUUUCAUAGGAGCAUUUUU